AUGUCUGCUGUUAAAACAAUUACCCGCCCCACCCAGCCCGACAUCGAAUAUCAUCCCGAUUUCGCGAAAUACCAAGAGCGGACUCGUCUUCGCCUCGAAGCCGGGAAUCUGCAGGCUAGUGUUCCGGCGGGCUUCCCGACUAAGCUUGAGUCUUCGCUUGUGUGGGAGGGGAAGGAUGUUGAGCAGCGAAAUGAUUGGAUCUACCAACUGAGCGCCAGUCAGCUUGAUGAGAUUAAUGCUGCACUGAAGAGCUUCAAAUCCCUUGGUAAGCCCUCCGGAUAUAUCAACCAGUCCACGUUCCCUCUGCCAAACCUUCAUCCUAUCCUACGAGAUCUUUCCAAGGAGAUCCAUAGCGGCCGGGGCUUCUUCGUCCUCCGGGGUCUGCGCGUCGAUGAAUAUUCGCGAGAAGAUAAUAUCAUCAUCUAUACUGGUGUCUCUUCUCAUAUCGGCAGCAUUCGUGGACGCCAGCAGGAUACACGCUUGCAAAAUGGAACUUCCCCGGUGAUCUCUCAUAUCAAGGACAUCAGCAAUACCGUCGACAAAGAAAAGAUCGGUGCGCCCUCUAAUACUGCUGAUAAGCAAGUCUUCCACACUGAUGCUGGUGAUAUUAUCUCUCUGCUCUGUCUGAGUCCUGCUGCAGAGGGUGGUGAGAGUUAUAUCUCCAGCAGUUGGAAUGUGUAUAACAUCCUCGCAAAGGAGAGGCCUGACUUGAUUCAUACACUAUCUCAGGAUUGGCCGGUUGACGGGUUCAACAACCCGAACAAACCAUACACUCUCAGACCUCUUUUGUACCACCAGCCGGCUACAGCAAACACCCCCGAGCGUGUACUUAUCCAGUAUGCCCGACGUUACUUUACAGGCUUUAAGGCCCAGCCUCGAUCAACUGAUAUUCCCCCUAUCACCGAGGCGCAGGCCGAAGCGCUCGACGCAUUGCAUUUUUUAGCAGAGAAGCACAGAGCCUCCUUGGGCUUCCACAAGGGUGAUGUACAAUAUGUCAACAACCUCAGCAUUUUCCAUGCUCGAAACGGAUUCAAAGACGGGCCUGGAAAAGAACGACACCUGCUCCGGCUCUGGUUGCGAGACCCAGAAAAUGCCUGGGAUACACCCAAGCCGCUUCAGCACCGCUGGGAUACAGUUUACAAGGAUGUCACGGAGGAUGAACAGGUCUUUCCUCUAGAGCCGACUCUUCGGAAGAAUGUCGGCUCCUAG